AUGUCCCAGGUAAAAUCUUCGCAGUCCAAGCACCAGCCGGAGGAGCACCAGCAGGAGGAAUUUGUCGAGUCCAUCGAGGACGAGGAGCAGGUUCAUCAAAACAAGCAAGAUGCAGCUCAAGGAAGUAAAGGCCAGCAGGAUCAGGCCCUGCAGUUGAUCGAGGAUGCGGGAUACACAACCAUCCUGACCCCAGAGAACAACAAGCGUGUGCUUCGAAAGAUUGAUCUUCGUUUGCUUCCCAUCAUGUUGGUCAUUUACUUCCUUCAGCAGCUUGACAAGUCCACUCUCUCCUAUGCGUCCGUUUUUGGACUCAAGGAGAGUGCCCAUCUUGUUGGCCAGCAGUAUUCCUGGCUGGGUGCGGUCGUCUAUGUCGCCCAGCUGGCCUUCCAGCCCCUGGUGUCUUAUCUUUUGGUCAAGAUUCCCAUGGGAAAGUUCUUGGCAGCAUCGACACUUCUAUGGGGUAUUGCAUUGUCUUGUAUGGCUAAAGCCGACACCUUCGCUACGUUGAUGGUGUGUCGGUUAUUCCUUGGUGCCUUCGAGGCCGGCUUGGCACCCGCUUUUAUUGCAGUGACCCAGUCAUGGUACCGACGACGUGAACAGCCUGUGAGAUUGGGUUCGUGGUAUGCCAUGAACGGUGUGGUCAACAUGGUUGGAAGCUUGAUCACAUAUGGUCUUGGACACAUCAAUUCCUCCGUCUUUGCUCCUUAUCAGGUCAUUUUUCUGUUCUUUGGCCUUCUCACGGUUGCAUUCUCAGCCGUUGUCUUCUUUUUUAUGCCCGACUCUCCCGUGAAUUCUACGUUCCUGUCAGAAGAUGAUAAACUAGUGGCCAUUGAGAGACUGCGAAUGAAUCAGCAGGGUAUGGAGACUCACGAAUGGAAAUGGGAGCAUGUGAAGGAAGCAUGCCUGGAUCCCAAGUCCUGGUUCUGGUUUUCUCUGAUGAUUUCUAUCUCUAUUCCGAGUGGCGGAAUCACUACUUUUGGCCCCUUGAUCAUCGAAUCUUUCGGUUUCAACAGCCUCAACACAAUCCUUCUCAACGUUCCUUUCGGUGCAGUUCAGCUUAUCGCUACAAUGGGAGGUGCAUGGUUGGCCACGACAUGGAGGAAGAAAGGCCCAGUCCUUGCAAUGCUGUGCAUUCCACCGAUUGCGGGCUGUGUCAUGCUGCUUAAAAUCCCGCAUGAUGAUGCUCACAAGGGCCCUCUUCUUGUCGGAUACUAUAUUAUCUCCGUUUACCCUGGCAUCACACCGUUGAUUUACUCUUGGUCGGCCGCAAACACUGCUGGAGAGACAAAGAAGAAGGUCACCACUGGUAUUCUUCUCGUUGGACAGUGUGUUGGAAACAUUAUUGGACCCAAUCUCUACAGCACAGAUGAGGCACCAUUGUACCGCCGUGGACUUUUGGCUGAUCUCUCACUUUUCUGCGUGUUGUGGCUCCUGAUUGUGCUCCUCAUGGUUUACCUUUCUUAUCUCAACAAGCAGCACGAGAAGAAACGGGUUGCUCUCGGAAAGAGUGCCAAGGUCGUCGAUCACUCUAUGUUCGCGGUUGGAACUAUACAAACCGACAAAGAAGGCGUUCCUGUCCAACAAGUGGUUCACGACAAUGCCUUCAAGGAUCUGACUGACUGGCAGAACGAGGACUUCGUGUACGUCUAUUAG